GGCGCAGGGUCGGGCUCAGCUCGGGCGCACAUCUUAUAUAAGGCUCUGCCUGCAGGACGGGGACUUUCAGCAGCUGCUGUCCCUGCUCCGGGCUGGGAUCAUGGAACUUCUUCUGCUCUGCGCGCUGGUGGUGUUUGCUGGUGUGACGCCAACACAGGGAGGGAUUCUGAAUGUGAACAAGAUGAUCAAACAAGUGACCGGGAAGACACCCAUCCUCUACUAUGGGUCCUACGGCUGUCACUGUGGACCUGGUGGCAAAGGCCCACCCGUAGAUGCCUCGGACUGGUGCUGCCAUGCCCAUGAGUGCUGCUAUGCUAAGCUGAAGCUCCAACGUUGCCGUAUCCACAGGGACCAUUACACCUACAACUUUACCCAGGGGAACAUCCAGUGCUCUGACACUGGGAGCUGGUGUGAGCAGGAACUGUGCGCCUGUGACAAGGAGGUGGCUUUCUGCCUGCAGCGGAACCUGGGCACCUACAAGAAGAAGCAGCGUUACAUCCGUUUGUUUUCGAGGUCCCGCUGCAAAGGCCAGACCCCUAUGUGCUAGGAGAAGCCUGCUCUGAAUGUACAACAGCCCCUACCCUGGUCUUUUGAAGUCUGGCAGGGUUUCUGACACCCCCACCUCAGUUGUAGCUAACCCCCUGAACCAGCCUGGCUCCUUUAACACACUCCCAAAAGGAGGGAGGGUCUCAGCCUCACCCCAGCCACCCAUCUUGCCCCUUGGACCUUCUAAAUCUUCCCAACUGAGGCAGCAGCGACCUCCUCUGAGGGCGGAUUGAGAUCUUAGGAAAAUCCAAGGACAGGGAUCUCCCAGAGAUAGUGUUUGCUCCAAACCAGCAGGCGUUAGGGGUGGGCGCCUAGGGAAGAAGGUGUGGCAGGUUCCCUCUGCCACCGUCACUCACUCACAAGGCCUCCCUGCCCCAGUUUCACCCCUCUAAUACACUAUCCAAGUUGCAGCUUGAGCGGCCUCUCCACGGGGCAGUUUGAUCUUUCUGUCCAUGUGACUCUACUCCUUAAAACCCCAAGGCCCCCCAGUGCCCUAGGUUAGGAGUUUGGGACCUACACUCCUGGUGCUACGUCCCUCUCCCACUAACCUUGGAGGUCCUGUCAGGCAGGGCCCAUGCCUGCGUUGGACUCAUUUGCAUCUCCAGCGCCCAAAGCAGUGCCAAGAAGGGGCUCCGUGUAUACCUCUUGCGUAAAGGGCUAGACGAAGGCCCUUCCCCUUGCUCCAGACCCACAAGCACAUGCCACGUGUCCUCCAGGCACUCUCUUUCCUGACCCAGAUGUUUGCUCAGGCUGGGCUUUCUGCAGAAAUGCUCCACCUGUCAUCUCCAGGUGGCUAAGCCCUCCCCAGUCUCCUCCGGGUCCAAGGACUACUUCCUGCAGAGCUCUCUCCGGGCUGAUUCCUCCCCAGCUCCAAGGCCUCACUCCCUCCUCCGAGCUCCAAGCCCUUCGUAGCACUUUAUGGGUCUGCAAUUUACCAAACUUCAUCUUGAGUGAUGUACCAUUGUCUGAACUUCUCUGAUCUCCCCCAACUAGACUGGAACUUCCAGAAAAUGCAGGCUGUGUUUGCCUCAUCUUUGUUUCGUCUGCUCCCCCACCUCAAUUAAUGCUUAUGGGGGAGGGGCAGAAGGGACAUUGAAUACUUGCAGUGCCCACUCACCCUCAUUCUGUUUAGGACUGCCCUUGUCUGCUGGGAGCUACACUGCUUACCCUCAAACCCCCACCUUGCCCAUUCUAACUGAUAGGACUAGGGAAUACAAUACCAUGCAGGGUACAAUUGCCGCCCCUGCCUCUGUGCAGGACCAUCUGAGUGGUACCUUGCAUGCCCCAGAGCUCCUCCCGGGAUCAGGCUGAGGGUAGACAUCUGGAACCACCUCUUUGCUUGCUUUGUCCCCUGGCCUGGCCUGUUUUCCUUGUUCCCUUACAGGUUUCUCCUAAGAGCACUCCCUCA